AUGAUGGCCAGCUCUUGGAAGGCACCACAGCUCCUGUUGGCCAUUCUGGUGACCCUGGUGGCCCUCAGCUACCAAGAAAAGAGAAAGACAUUUAUAAAUGUCCAACAAGUAAGUGCAAUGGAUGCUUCUGUGAAGGAAAUGUUGGAGUAUGUCACAGAGGAAUACAACAAGAAAAGUGAAGACGUGUACAACUUCAGGAUCCUCCGCAUCCUGAAGAUUGAGAAGCAGCUGACAGACCACAUGGAGUUUCACAUCAGAGUGGAAAUGCAGAGGACCACCUGCUUGAAGACAGAGAAGAACCUCUGUGAUGUCCAGAAAGGGGAACUUUAUAAGCAAAUCCAGUGCUACUUCUCAGUAUAUGCCAAACCUUGGUUUGAAAUAUACAAAAUUCUCAACAAGAACUGUACCAGUAGCAACUGA